AUGCAGCCCGAGUCUCUGGAUGCGACAACACAGCCAAAGGGACCUUUGAACUGGGGUGAAAUCAACUUCAUUCACACCAGCGACACACAUGGAUGGCUGGAAGGGCACGUCAAGGAGCGCAACUAUGGUGCUGACUGGGGCGACUUUGUGUCCUUUACGAAGCACAUGCGGGAUAAAGCUGGAGAGAAAAACGUUGAUCUCUUACUUAUUGAUACUGGCGAUUUGCAUGAUGGAAAUGGUCUCAGCGACGUAACAACACUCAACGGCGAGGUCACGAAUCCUAUCUUCGAAAACAUUGACUUCGAUCUUCUCACUCCCGGAAACCACGAGCUUAUUGCAGCCGAUGUUGCGUACAACACAUUCACCAAGUUUUCCAAGAUGUAUGGCGACAAGUACCUGACGAGUAAUAUUGAUAUUUGCAACAAUUGCCAAUAUGGUGAACCAGAUGAAAAAGAAUGGGUUUCUAUGGGCCGCAGAUCUCGAUAUUUUACAACGAAGCAGGGCCUCCGAAUUAUGGCCUUUGGGGUAAUCCUUGAUGGGACCAAUAAUAACAAGGACAUGACAAGAAUCCAGCCAGCUGCCGAAAUGAUAGAGGAAGACUGGUUUAAGGAUGCGGUCAAUCGCCAGGACAUUGAUAUAUUUGUGCUCAUUGGUCACAACCCCGUCAAACCUGGAAUCCCCAAGAGCGAGAGCAGCUUCCCGCUUCUAAUGAACGCUAUCCGGACAAUGCGACCUAAAAUUCCCGUUCAGGGAUUUGGGGGUCACACACACCGCCGCGACUUUCACAUCUACGAUAAUAUGUCCUCGGCAAUAGAAUCCGGCAAAUACUGCGAUACUGUGGGCUGGGUUUCGUUGGAUGGCAUCAAAUCCCAAAUUCUUGAAAAAAGAGCAGCAAUUCCCGAAGAGGAAAAUGCCUUGAUCCAUAAAAGCACAAUGAUGGAAUCAGCUGAUGAAUCUUGCUCCAAAACCAAAGACUUCGAUAUACAAUUAACCCGUCGGUAUCUGGAUUGGAAUCGCCUCACUUUUGCCUACCAUGCAACUGGAUCCCAAAGCAUAUCGAACACUCCCGAGGGACUCAAUGUGACCAAAGGAAUUACAGACAGUCGCAACAGUCUCAAUUUGACAUUUGUGUAUGGGUGCGCGCCACGGACAUAUUGCAUAUCAUGCAAGCCCUUCGGCAACGAGGGAAACAUCUACACGUUGGUGCAAACUGCUGCUGCCGCGACUGUAGUUGAUCCAGAUCGCUCCGCAAAUUCAAGGAUGAUCAUUGUCAACCAGGGAGCCAUCCGGUACGACCUGGUUCAGGGCCCAUUUACUGUGGAUGAUGCCUAUAUCGUCUGCCCGUACACGACUACCUUCAGAUUUAUCGCCGAUGUUCCUUACUCGCUGGCUUCGAAGGUCCUUGACUAUAUAAACAAGCCAAAAACCACCACCAAACGGUCCAUGACUCUGGAUACCAUUUCAAGUCAGAUUUUGGGUUACGAUGAAUGCAACAAUCCUUCAGCUCACAACCGGAGCGAACUUCUGAAACCAAAAAGCCUCUUCCGUCGUGUACUUGACGUGGAUACGCCAACCCCGGGAUAUACAACAUGCGACGACCUCGGUGAUGAUGGUGAUGAUACUCCCCACUCCGAAAUUCCUGAAUACACCCAACCAGCCCAUGUUCAAGCUACCGCUGCGUUUCCAGCUGAUGGUCAACCAGACAAGGUGGAUCUGAUUUUCUCAGAUUUCCUUGGUGCGAGAAUCGUUACGGCAUUGAAUUCCGCAAAUCCACCCAAGAAUUAUACGACGGAUGACACUCGUCUUUAUCUUCCGGGGGACUUCACGACGAAUACAUUCCUUCCCACUUAUGCCUCUAUGGCCUGGCAAGACAACAUCAACGACUGUCCGAUUGGAGCAUGA